AUGGAGAGCAAUUGUGCUGAUUCUACCAUUGAACAGCUCACAAAGCUAUUGAGUCGACCAUGCCUGACUUUGCCUAUGAAACACCAAAUCCAGGAUCUGCAACUGGAACUGAGAUUCCUGAAAAUGUUCUUUUACUGCUCCACAAAGUUCAGUGGUCCUGAUGAGGAUAUUAUGGGCGUGAAAUCGGUCCAGAAUAAUGCUGAAUCUACUUUAGAAUCAGCAGGAAAGGCCCUCUAUCAAGCUGGAUAUUUUGCAAUCAUUGGAAUAGAUGUUAAAGACUGGGACCGUUUGGCAUCCGAUCUGCUACAAAAAGUCUGCAUGUUAAAGCCUGAAAUCAGAAGACUCUGCAUUCAUUGGCUAGAAAGCUCAUCGCAAACCAAGUCCUCCACAAGUGAUGAGAUCCUGGAAUUCAUGGAUUCCAUCCUCGUGAAUCUUAAGGAUCUUGUCAGCUUGAAAGCUGAUAUUGUUGUUCCUGUGAAGAUACAAAUCCGAUCUCUUGAAAACAAGCUAAGGUUUUCCAGAAACUUUGUUGACUUCACAGCAAAGCGCUGCAUUAGUCAUGGCAAAUUGGAAGAUUUCUUGACAUACAUUCAAGCUUGGGCUAAUAGCGCUGCCUGUAUGUUACUUCGGUACUGGGUGGAUUUUAUGAAUGAAAACAUGGAACUUCAUUUGAAAGCUGUGCUUUCUGCUACGCUGCUGAAGGUCAUGCCUUCUACUCCAGCAGUCGCAGAGAUGUAUCUUGAACUCCUGAAAGCUUCAAAGUCUUUGCCAACAGAUGCUCUUUUGAUGGGAGAAAUUGUAGCUAGCUUUAUUGACUUUCUUCUUGAAAAUCUUGCGCUUUCUUUGAAGGAUAAGUAUGCAAUUCUUCGGGAAGGGCUGAUAUUCUUGAUGAUUUUUCUCUUGGAUCCCCCAAAGGAAUGCACAAGAAAAACAGAAAAUGUAUCUUGGACGAAUGUUGAUAUUCUGAACAGUUUAGUGGAAUCUCUGGUUUGCUCGCUCUACACUGAUCCGACCGAGGAUGACACUUCCAAGAGAGAUGUUCUUUCAGAUUUGCUGGAAAAGAUUGAGAAAGUCAAGGUAGAGGUCAGAGCGCUUUAUCUUGAGACCUCAAGCUCAUCACAGUCUAACUUCCCCAAGAUUAAUGGAAUGGGAUUCAUUGAUUUCCUCACAGUGGAUUUCACUGACAUAGUGAAAUGUGAGGCCAGUUUCAUCCCCUUUGCAGAAAAUAAAGUUAUGACAGUCCAUGAGGAGCUGUUAUAUUUCAGGUCCUUUCUUUGUGAUAUCAUGAAUCUGCAAAAUAAGCAUGAGGAGUUAAAGGCUCUCUGGACACAAAUCAUCAAUUUGGCAUACCAGGUGGAGAAUGUUAUCAGCUCUUUUUCUAUUGUUGACAUUCCUAUUUGGUACAACAUAAUACGCUUCUCCAAUAUGCUAGAAGAAAUCAAGCUGGUCAAGAAUGAGGUGACGAAGUUGAAGCAGAAAUAUAACAUUGGAAAGAGAAUUGCUGAGACAAAUUCCAUGCAUGGCCAUCCGUCUCAAGUUAAAACUUCAAAAAUCGAUGAAACUGUUGUAGGUUUCAUGGAUGAGGCAAAAGAGAUAAUUAGGUUGCUUACCGGACCAUCCAGAAGGCUAGAAAUUGUUGCGAUUGUUGGUAUGCCUGGAGUAGGUAAGACAACUCUAGCUAAGAAAGUUUAUAAUGAUCCUUUCCUUGCAUCUCGGUUCCAAAUACAGGCAUGGUGCUUUGUUUCUCAAGUGUAUACUCCUAGAGACUUGUUACUUGCCAUUUUAAAGACUGUUAUUGAUAGUGGCCGUGAUGUUGAUUUAUCCAAAUUUAGCGAUGGAGACUUGGCUUUAAAGCUCAAACAAUGCUUAAGUAAACAGAAGUACCUCGUGGUAAUGGAUGAUAUUUGGGAAAUUAAAGCUUGGAAUGAUAUAAAACUAUCAUUUCCAGAUGAUCGAACAGAAAGUAGAAUAAUGUUCACGAGUCAAAAUCGUAUUCUGGCUUCAGAUGCUGGUCUAACUAGCAACACCUAUCCACUCUCUCCACUGACUGAGGAGAAAAGUUGGGAGUUUUUACGAGAGAAGCUAUUUCUCAAAGGUGACUGCCCUCAUGAGCUAUCAAGAAUCGGGGAGCAGAUUGUGAAACAUUGUGAAGGACUGCCUCUGGCAAUAAGUGUUAUUGCAGGUCUACUUGCGAAGGAAAAGAAGAAUGUAAACUGGUGGAAUCAAGUUGAAGGAAGUUUACAUUCAAAUGCUACUAGUGAUGGGUACAUGGGAACUCUGGAACUGAGCUUCACGCAUUUAUCUUAUUCGUUGAAACCAUGUUUCCUUUACUUUGGAUCAUUUCAGAAGGGCGAAGUAAUUAGUGCCCAGAAGUUGACCCUGUUAUGGAGUGCUGAAGGACUCAUAAAGAGAACCGAGAGGGAGAGCUCUCAAAUUCUGGCAAAGGGUUACUUGACGGAGCUAAGGGAUCGAAGUUUAGUAAUUGUUUCUGAAAGAAGCUUCGACGGAGGAAUAAAAGCUUGCCGUGUUCAUGAUCUGCUAUAUGAUUUUUGCGCAGGAAAAGCUAAAGAUGAAAAGUUUCUACAUGUGGCGGAGAAGUCAGAGGUUUCUCAUAGUUCUUUGGAUCCUGCAACGCAUGGCUAUUGCCGAUUGUGCAUUCAUGGUGACUUGGAAGCUUUCAUGAGCUCUGUACCUCCUUGUCCAUGUGUAUGCUCUCUUCAAUUCUUUGGCACCACUAGAUGGAAUCAGUCAUACUCUAACUUGGUUGGCUCUGACAUAUUUAACCGAUUUAAAUUUCUUAAAGUGUUGAAUUUGGAGAGAGUCUGUCUGGAUUGCCCUUUUCCAGAAGAAGUAAUAUCAAUAAUUCGUCUGAGGUAUAUAGCAAUUUGGGGUUAUAUUACAGCUGUUCCUGCAUCGCUAGCCAAACUUCGGAAGCUGGAAACACUGAUCGUAAAAGGAAUGGAAAAAUUCAUUCAUUUGCCUGAUACCAUCUGGAAGAUGAAAAGCUUAAUGCAUGUUGAAGUAAGUGAAACGGCUGUUCUCUCCUUGGGUGACUAUGAGGAUGAGGAGUCCUGUCAAUUGGGUAAUAUGGUGACCUUUGCUUCACUAUCUCUUUCUCAUGUAGGAGAUACAGAGAAGCUGUUAGGGAGGUUAAGGAGAGUUCAGAAGCUGAGAUGCGUACUUAUGGAGUCAAAGGAUUAUCAAAAGACGGGCAUUCAAUUUCCAGCACUGUCCUCCUUAGAAGAUCUUCAAUCAUUGCAAUUGUCAAUCGAUGGUUCUCAUGAGCAAGUGUUCUAUUGUUGGUUGCGCAUUCAGUUUAAGGGAUUUAGCUUUCCGUCAGGGCUUAGGAAACUGACCUUGUAUAAGUUGGGUCUACCAUGGAGGGCAAUGUCAACAAUUAGGAAGCUGCGAUUUCUUGAGGUACUGAAAUUGCGACAGCAUUCCUUUCGGGGCAAGAUAUGGAACAUGGAAGGUGAAGAAUUCAGAAAGCUCAAAUUCUUAGAAGUGUCAAACUUAGAUAUCGUGCACUGGAAGGCCCGCACAAAUCCCCUUCCCAGCCUUGAGCAACUUGUUGUGGGAGAGUGUCUUGAACUUGUGGAGAUUCCUUUUCGCUUUGCAGAAAUUCAAGAUCUGGAGGAAAUUCUGUUAAGGAGGUACAACAAUGAAUUGCUGAAAUCAGCUCAGGAAAUUGUCGAAGAAGCGAUGAUUGAAGACGGCAGGGAAAUUCGUUUACUCAAGUUCCGUUAA